AUGAAGCCGUACAAAAGUGCGUCUCUUAGAUCAGUCCGUUCAGGCAAGUCUAGUAAACCAGCUGAUACUGAUUCAGAUACGCAUACGCCUUUGGGUUUUGAAGCUGCGUUGUAUGCAGCUUGCUUAAAAUACAAUUUUCCGUAUAAGCUGUAUGUAAAAAAAGAAUAUCAACCAGAUGAAUUCUUGAAGAAAUUAAAAGAGGAAACUCCCGUAAAAUAUAAAAAGAUAACUGUCACACCGCGCGUGGUUUCUCCUUCGUAUGUAAAAUCAGAAAGAAAUAUUGUUUCAAGUCCUACAACUGAAUCAACUGCAACUGUUCUCCCAGACGUACUACUUUUGACAUCAGUAUAUGAUAAUGCACAAAAUUUGGUUGAAAUCAAACUAAAUAAAAUAAAAGACGUACCACGAACAUUGGUUCAGAUCAUUAGUUACUUAGUCCGUCCGCAUGACCAUUUAGCAAAAAUAUCAUUUGAUGAUUGCUUAAUCGAUUAUGUCAUUAUUCAUGAACUAAAUAAGAUUAUCUCUCUUUCAAGGAUUACAGAUAUAAGUUUUGACAGAACUACUCUUCCUGAAGAAUACCUUAUUAAUUUGCUCAACAACAAAAAUGCUUCAAUUAAAUAUCUUUCCCUAAGUUGUUGUAAAAUAAACGAUAACACAUGCAAAGAAAUAGCUUCCACGCUUCACUUUUCAGAGCAUGCCGAGAAAACUUUGAUGGUUUUAAAUUUAUCAAGCAACCACAUAACCGACGAAGGCGCAAAACAUUUAGGUGAAGCUCUCAGAACUAAUAGACAUUUGCGGUAUUUAAAUCUAGCGGAUAACCGCAUAGGUGAUGACGGGGCCAUCGCCAUAUUCAAUUCAUUAACAGAAUUCCCUCUGACAUUCGAUGAAAUUAUGAAUAAACGGAGAAGUCUAUUAGAAUACCUAAAAGCGAAACGCGUGCUAUUCGUAAAAUAUUGUAAAGAAUGUGACACUAUAUCCCGUGAUGAAUUAAGUUACUUUAGCCAGAAAUCACCAUCAAAGAGGAAAAAAACAUCAGCAACCUCAUUACGUAAAGUUAAUAAUAAGAAAGAAAAAGAUGCCCGAAAAGAUAUUGCAAAAUCUAAUAAGUUGAAUGAUAACGAAACAAAAGCAGAGUUUAUAUGUAACGAAAUAAUGGGACCUUUUUUGCAUCCUUUUGGGCCAAACUAUUUAAAGAAUAUUGAUAAUAAAUGUAACUGUCUGGGAAAUUUUACCUUAUGUUAUUUAAAUUUAUCAUACAACAAUUUAAUGUAUACCAGUUUAAUGAAAUUACUUACUGUAAUGCAGUAUCAAAAGUCAAGUAAAAAAGUUAAUCAGUACGGAUUAAUAAAAGUGCUAAUAGAGGGAAAUAAUCUUCCAAUGGCUUCUAGAGAAUACCAGUUAAUAAAUGAUCUGUUUCGCAUAGCAAAGAGCAUGGUUCCGUUCAGUGGUAGCAAGAUAUCAGACGGCUCAGUAAAAAAGAACCAUCCAGCAUUCCUUAUUAGAAAAAAAUAA